UCACUCAUACAUACACACUGAGAGAGAGAGAGAGAGAGAGAGAGAGAGAAAUACACAAUUAACGUCACAAUGCUUUCUCUCGCUUCUGACUGUACAUGUCUGUGAGUGUGUGAGCAGACGGCACUGAGGCAGGGCGCGCGCAGAGGCCAGGGUGUGUGUUGGGUAUCGGCACCUGGUCGACGUCACUACACCCAAGCCCGCGGAGGAGCCCGUGAGCGACCUCCACUUCCUCAUACGGUGGAAUGUAAGUGGUGGGCAACAAACCUGAAGAAAAGAGCAGAAAGAAACAUUAAGAAAGAGCAACGGUCGGAAUUUUUCGCAAGAGAGCGGUGUUGUGCUGGCCUGUGUUCGGAACAGUAAAUGUUUAUAGAUUGAGCGUGUGUAUGUGCGUGUGUGUCUGAGUGUGUCUGAGAGGUGACCAUGGCGCCAUUUCUGCGGAUAUCUUUCAGUGCGUAUGACCUGGGAGCUCUGUCCCCCAUCACUGAGUCUCCUUUCUGCGCUGUCAAAAUGAAGGAGGCACUUGGCACAGAGCGAGGGAAGACCCUGGUCCAGAGGAAGCCCACCAUGUUUCCUGCCUGGAGGGCCAGUUUUGAUGCCCACGUCUACGAGGGGCGGGUCCUGCAGGUGCUACUCAUGCAGACAGCUGAAACGCCAUUGGCUGACGUCACCAUCGGCGUGUCUGUUCUGGCGGAGCGCUGCAAAAAGGGAAAUGGUCGUGCAGAAUUUUGGAUUGAUCUUCAGCCCUCAGGAAAAGUCAUGAUGUCAGUGCAAUAUUUUCUAGAGGAUGCAGACACAGAGUGUAGGCAGUCUGUGAUGCUGGAGGAUGAGAUGCCCACACUGAACCGCAGGCGGGGAGCCAUCAAACAGGCCAAGAUCCACUUCAUCAAGAACCACGAGUUCACCGCCACCUUCUUCCGCCAGCCCACCUUCUGCUCCGUCUGCAGGGAGUUUGUCUGGGGUCUCAACAAGCAGGGAUAUAAGUGCAGACAGUGCAAUGCGGCCAUCCAUAAGAAAUGCAUUGACAAGAUCAUCGGCAGGUGCACCGGAACUGCUGCCAACAGUAGAGACACAGUGUUUCAGAAGGAGCGCUUUAAGAUCGACAUGCCACAUCGUUUUAAGACUCACAACUACAUGAGUCCUACCUUCUGUGAUCACUGUGGGAGCCUGUUGUGGGGUCUGGUUAAACAGGGACUCAAGUGUGAGGACUGUGCAAUGAAUGUUCACCAUAAGUGUCAGAAAAAAGUGGCCAACCUCUGUGGAAUCAACCAGAAGCUCCUUGCUGAGGCUCUCACUCAAGUUAGCCAGAAAUCCACUCGCCGCCCUGAAUCUAAAGAUCAGGAUAGUGACGUGUACCAGGACUUCAACAGCAGCCCCGGCCCGGACACUAACGAUGGCGCUCCUUAUGGUUGCCUGUGGGACGGGACGGGUCCUCGCCCCGCCUCACGCAUCUCACACCAACCAUGCAUCGUCGGCAUCGAUAACUUCAUACUGCACAAAGUGCUGGGCAAAGGCAGUUUUGGCAAGGUGCUGCUGGCUGAGCUGAAGGGCAGUGGAGAGUACUUUGCGGUGAAGGCCCUGAAGAAGGACGUAGUCCUGAUGGAUGACGACGUCGAGUGCACCAUGGUGGAGAAGCGGGUGCUGGCCCUCGCCUGGGAUAACCCCUUUCUCACACACCUCUACUCCACCUUCCACAACAAGGAGCAUUUGUUCUUUGUGAUGGAGUAUCUGAAUGGAGGAGAUCUCAUGUUUCAUAUUCAAGAGAAAGGACGAUUUGAUCUGUACAGGACCACAUUCUACUCUUCAGAGAUUGUAUGUGGUCUGCAGUUUCUACAUUCCAAAGGCAUCAUCUAUAGGGACCUGAAGUUGGACAAUGUGAUGCUGGAUGGCGAGGGCCAUGUAAAGAUAGCUGACUUUGGCAUGUGUAAGGAGAAUGUGUUUGGGGAGAACCGCGCCACCACAUUCUGUGGGACACCCGACUACAUCGCCCCAGAGAUCCUGUUAGGCCUGGCUUACUCAUUCUCAGUGGACUGGUGGUCUUUGGGAGUGCUGGUGUAUGAGAUGCUGAUUGGUCAGUCGCCAUUCCAUGGUGACGAUGAAGAUGAGCUGUUUGAAUCCAUCCGAACGGACACACCCCAUUACCCACGCUGGAUUACCAAGGACACCAAAGAUCUACUGGAGCGGUUGUUUGAGCGUGACCCCUCCCUCCGGCUGGGGAUUGUGGGUAAUAUUCGAGGCCACGUCUUCUUCAAGACCAUAAACUGGUCUGCCUUAGAGAGGAGAGAAGUGGACCCUCCGUUCAAACCAAAAGUGAAAGCACCCAAUGACUGCAGCAACUUUGACCGGGAGUUCCUGAACGAGAAGGCCCGCCUCUCCCACUGCGACAAGAGCCUGGUUGACUCCAUGGACCAGACUGCGUUCGCCGGCUUCUCGUUCGUCAACCCCAAGAUGGAGGAACUCAUCCUUCAGAAGUGAUGAAGAAGCCCUUCCACGCUCGCCUCCCUCCCCUCAGUGCCGCCUGAAAGGCCCGCCUCACGUCCGCCCAGGAUGGAAGUUCCAGAUCUGCACACGGACUCCCCCCAACUAGCCCCUAAUUGUGUGUAUAUGCCUCAUAGCAGACGCUAUCUUCUGAGCGCGUUUCAAAACUAUGUCCUUCGAAUAACUAACACAGAGUCACAACAACAUCAGCACAUGUCAAAUGCGUUUUGGCCCUGUUGUUGACGCAGUUGAACAGAUGAGGUAGCUACCAUAUUGCACAUGUUGUCUCUACAAGUUACUUUGUUAAUUGUGGCAUCUAGGCUACAUUAAAGUCAGCGAUGCGCGUGGACAUCCUUACAAUAUGACUUGAUGUGACAAAGAAAUCUUGCUCCGUAUUGCUACACUGUUACAGCUUAACAUAACUGAACAUAGCAUAGCAUAAGUGAUAUUUUGUGGAAAUGUAGCAUUGCAAACAGGCUUUUGUCCUAGUACAUGGAUUAUGUUUGAAUGUGUCUGGAUAUUGGUCACAAAAUAAUGAUCCAGAAAUGAUUGGUAGAAGUCAUGUAUCCACAUCAUCUAUGACUCAUUUGAUUGGUAGAAGGCAUGAAUCCACAUCAUCUAUGACUCAUUUGAUUGGUAGAAGGCAUGAAUCCACAUCAUCUAUGACUCAUUUGAUUGGUAGAAGGCAUGUAUCCACAUCAUCUAUGACUCAUUUGCUUCCCUCCGGUUGCUUCCGAGGGACAUAAAUCAUCUCGGCCUAGAAAAGACUGCCACCCCAACCUGGCUCCUACUUACUCACGCUGCUCAGUAAUGGCCCCUGUUCCGCAGUAAGACAACUUGUCAUGAUCAUCACACUCCAGACAAGAGAAGUCACUGCAGAGAUUGUGCUUAAGUGUUUGUGUCUAUGGGAGCUUGGAGAUAGAGAGACAGGAGUAGACGAGAACAGAAACUCUGUAUAGAGAGCUAUAGUAAUUUUAGACUUUGCAUGUUGAAGUGCUAGUGCUACCUAUAUAUUGUGUGAUGUUAUCACUGCCAUAAGGCUAUAAGCAAAGACUCAUCACCCACCAGCGCAUACAUGAACUCUGAGGAAUAAAAGACUUUCUUCACCAAUCACAUUCCUCUUUUACCAUCAUCUCUAGUUCAUCCAUGAGUUCAGUAAACUCAUCCCUCAAAAUUCCUUAUUUUAACAAACUCCCUUUCGCUAUAUUCAUAGGACCAGGUGUGACUUCAGGACUUUGUGGUGAGGGGUUCAAAAUAGAGUUGAGGAUUUGUACAACAUGCAAAAGUAUCCGUGUCAAAGUGAGGCCAGGUUUCAGGGAGAAAGGCUAUGGGUGCAGUGUUCUCAGCUUUGUAUUUCUGAUGCAAUCCACAACCAACUUGUCAACAACAUCUCUUGAGACGUAUGUUCUCCUGCUGAACAGACAAAGUCAAUUCCCUCCACGCGACACAGUUUCAUGCCAACCUCACCCCCAACCAACCCAUCACCCACCUCCACUCAACACAGGUCCAUGCCAACCUCACCCCCAACCAACCCAUCACCCACCUCCCACAAUCCUCUGACUGUUAUCUAUAUUCAGUAGUGUAUCAGUAGAUGUGUGUGUGACUUGGCCAGAGCUGACAUUCUCACUCAGCGUUACAAAAGCAACACAUAUGAUGUGCUAUAAGUCCUUUAAAGUUGAUUGUUAAGGGUAUAGGAUGUGCUAAGGAUUGGGCUGUUGUCAGGGGGUGUCGGUUAAAGCAUGUACACAAUAGCUCUGAUGUAAGCCGAUGCAGCUAGUUAUUUCUUAGAGACCUAAAUUAAACUAGAUUAAGACUAUGUUCCUCCAUAUUCUUUAAAAUAAAAUUAAAGACAAGCCAAUGCAAACAAUUAUGAUCAAGUGUAUAUUGUUGGUACAUUUAGGCAUAAGAUGUAUAUGGGUAUGUGGGUAUGUUUUGACUUAAGUAUAUUGCCUCUGUUUAUGUUGGUCUGUAUGUUAGUUUUAUAUUACAUCUGUCUGUUGAGUCAGAAACCUCAA